UAGCAGCGGUUGGGUUGAAUGUGCUUCUCGUAGCAAAACAACGACGCGCAUUCAGGGAUCAGCCACGGGAUGAUUACUAUGUCUUGAAUGAGACUAUAACAUACUGUAGCCUAUCUUGUCGGAUUGAAAACAGGCUAAACAUGCCACGGGUCGGAAAGGAGACUGACAGGCGAAUUGGCUGACUGGCUGUCCGUCAUGAAGAAGCGAGCCAAUAAGGCGCUGGAGCCGGAUGAGCCUCUGUGCUGCUGCGAAUAUGUGGACCGCCGCGGGGACCGGAGCCACGUGGCGGCAUGCUGCUGUGACUGCGAGGACCUGGACGAGGCCUGCGACAGAUGGCUGAAGAAGGAGCCCCAGAGGACGGACUCGUCGUCCCGUCUGGCUGCUCUGGUGGCUGACAGGCUCCGUGUUCCCUGGUUCUGGGGUGGAGCCCGGCGCGUCGACCUAUCGGUGCUCCCCCCGCUGCUCCUGCUCCCCGUCCUCCUACACAUCGCCGCCCUUCACUUCCUGUUGGGCAUCGUGGUUCUGACCGCACUGCCCGUCCUGGUUCUGUGGUACUACUACGUCACUCAUCGCAAGAAGGGCAGGACCCUGUUCUUCCUCAGCCUGGCCCUGUUCUCCCUGGGCUACAUGUACUACCUCUUCGUCACAGAGGUCUUCCUCAGGGGGGAUGUGGGGCUGACCCAGCUGUGUGCGGUGACCACCGGGCUGGUCCUGACGCUGGCCGCCCUUGUCCACACCAAACGAGAGCCGGGCUACGUGUUGCUUCACUCGGCCGGCCUCCACAGCGCCGUGGCCUAUUGCAGUCCCCCGCCGGACCGAGACCCCGCCCACAACGGGGCCAGGCCGGAGGUGGUGACGACCAGUCGGGGGAGUGGAUCUGAGCGGCCGGGCCAGGGGGCGGAGCCCAGGGAGAGUGGGCGGAGCCGGAGCUGGUGCUCCGUGUGCCGGGUGGAGCGCCCCCCACGGGCGGGUCACUGUCGGAUCUGCGGCGUCUGCAUCCUGCGUUUGGACCACCACUGCGUCUGGAUAAACAGCUGUGUGGGCCAGGCCAAUCACCGCAGCUUCCUGUUGACCCUGCUCCUCUUCCUGUUGACCUCUCUGUAUGGGACCAGUCUGGUGCUGAGCAGCGUGUGUCCGGAUCAGAACCGGCUCACUGCCCUGCUGUACUGCCCGGGAGUCUACAACCGGUUCAGCUCGGCCCUGUGUUUCACCUGCGCCUGGUACAGCAGCAUAGUGACCGGGGGUCUGCUCCACCUGCUGGCCGUGCAGCUCGUCAACGUGAGCUACAACGUGACGGAGCGGGAGGCGCGCCUCGCCCUGAGGGAGAAGGAGGCGCGCAGCGUCUGCUGGGGCCUCGUCGUUGACACGGGGGUAUACUCGCGCGGUUUCCGCAGCAACUGGGUGGAGUUCCUGACCAUGGGGCAGGGCCUGCGCGCCCGCUCGCCCCGCAUCACCGACGUGGUGUAGUCACGCCCUUCCGGGUCAUCGCCGCGCCGGCAGGAAGUGGUUGAUUGAUUGGACGAUUCAUGUAGAGGUUGCCCAUAGAAGCAGAUCUAGGAUCAUUUUAAAAUCAUACAUUCCGGAAUUAAACUGUUUGAUGGACAAAUGUAAAAUUGCACCUUCGUCCUGCUACAAGAUUUGGACAAGACUUUAUUUCACCACCAGAUGGCAGCACAAGUCCACACCACUAUCUCCACCGGUCUUCUCCUUGGUGUCUGUCUUCUUUUGUCUCUGUCUGUCUUCGACACAGUCUGUCAUUCUUGUCGUCUUCCUCCCCAGCCGGCCUGUCUCUCUGUCUGUCUUCCUCUCCGGCCGGCCUGUCUGUCUGUCUUUCUGUCCAGCCGGCCUGUCUGU